UGGUUGGGUUUUGCGUUGCACUUUGGCUAAGCACGUCGGAGAUGACUUUUUAAACGAUACAUUAUCGUUCUUAAAUGUCUUGUUUGCAACGUGUAACGUUGUGGUAGGUUUAACAGAUUCAGUUCUGUUGUUGCAUUGGUUGUGCCGAUGAUGCUUCUGCUCACCUAGCUAGCCAGAUCCUGUUACACCAACGCAGGCAGAUCACGUGUUGCACGGACUCUGAGACAGCAGAGACAACUGAUAAUUCGUCCGGACACAAUGGCUGGAUUCUGGAACCACUUUCAGUCGCAGGAUAUCUUAUGCGAGAUGCGCUUCGCCUUGAGCCACUCGCAGAAUCUGUGAGUCACCAGCUCCAAGAGAAGAGGCUGCCGUUAUCGACCCUAAGUUAUUCCAUAGAAGGAUAGGAAUCACAGUCUAAGUUCAUCUUGCUUCCAGAUCUGCUAGUUCGUUCAACAUGUGUGAUCCAGAGGGUCAGGGAGAGAGCGCCCCCAACAGGCUGUCCAACAGGGACACCAUCCAGCUGCCCGAUGAGCUUUCCCUGAGUGACUCGGACCCGGACGACGCCUUCACGCCCUUUGGCCAGCGUGUGGAGGACCUAUCGUCCUCCUCCGACGAGGAUGAGGCCAGGGCGCAGAGACAGCAGGGGGUGCCGCCGCCGUUGGGCCGAGGCGAGAGCGUCUUCCAGCUACGAGGAGGGAGCCUGGGCUUCUCCGACCGCAGCCGUAACAUCUUUGAGAGCCUGGAGAGCGCCGUGAAGCUGACCUCGGCACAGCUCGGAGACGACAAUGUCCUCAGCGGCACGUUCGCCCGCCCCGCGCCACCCUCGCCUCCGCCGCUCGCCCGCGGGAGGAAGAGCGGAAUGCCGCCCACCAGAAUCCCACCAAAGCACCAGCAGCCGACGCCACCUGUAGCCAGCAAACUGCCAGACUACCUGGCCAACCCCGAGCGCUGGACCCGCUACAACCUGGACGACGUGCCCGAGACCAGUGACCGGCGCAACAGCCAGGUGGCGACCCAGUUCAUCCAGGGCCUCCAGGAGCAGCGCCGGAGUCAGGAGGACCUGGGGGAGUCCUUCUUGCCCACCUUCAAUCAGUCACAGGCAUCCGGAGACCAGCACAAGAUCCUCUUCUCCAAGCCCAGGCCGAGCUCCAGGGAGGAGGGGGCCGGGGGCCAGAAGCAAGGCCGCCAGAGGAAAGCCGGCGUGGGGCUGCUCCACCUAGACGAGGCCCAGGAGGAGGAGGAAGGCGCUAGGCCGGAUGGAUCUCGUCACAGUCUCCCCCGCAAGGAAGACCGGAAGAGGAAGUGGGCUCCCAGUAAGGAGUGGGGGGAGAAGGAAGACCAGGAGGAGGAGACAGAGAAACCAGCCACUAUCGCUUUCAGCAUCAGCAAGAAAGUGAACCGCAAGCAAUUCCGCAAAAUGGCUGAACGGCAGCCUAGGGAUGAGGAAGAGGAGGACUAGCACCUUCCUCAGAUACCACAUAAGUACUUAGCCCUAAACAGCAUGAGACGUUAGCCAGUAUAAAACACCGCCCCGUUUCCCAAGAGCCAGAGAGAGUGUGUCCUGAUUUUAAAGUUUAGCCUCUCUGCGUCAUGUUUAGAUUAGCGUAAGUGUUUGUAUCAGUGUAGUCACACCUCACUUUUCACCUUGUGUGCAGUCCCACCUCACAUUUGUGAUCAGUAAUUGUAAUUGAUUAGCAAUGUCAAAAAGAAAUUUCAUUUCACCAAGUCAUGCAUUUUUAGGAUAGUUAUUCACAUAAAAGAAAUUACAUUUGGCCCCAAGAUGUUUGUUAUUUAAAUGCUGCCUACACAUUAAGGCCAGUUGAAGGCUAUCAAAUUGGAUACUGGAAUACUACAUAUCCCAGUGUACUGUGCAACUCUAUACCGACAGGUUUGCACACAUCCACAGAAGCACAGUACUUUUAUCUUCUAGCAUAUACACGUCCAAGGUCAAGAUGGCAAAAGCAAGUCACCCAACAGCACCCAGGUGCUAUAUAGACCAUGCUGAUUUAGAGAAGUGUAAUGUUAUAGGGUUAAGCCUUGAGUAACUAUAGAUACUGUCAUGCAUGGUCUCCUGUGAUAGUCUUCUCCUCUGGAACUUCCCUGGCAUACCUAUGCACAGACGAUGGAUUGAAGAAUCAUAUGAUUAAAAUAGUCCUGAAGCAAUGAGCUGAGGUAUGCUCCUGUUGAUGAAGUGUGUUUAAAGUGUUUUUACAGAUUACCUGGAUACAUCCCUGUAGAAGUAAAGUUGUAUUAUAAUUGUUCAUUUGGUUUACAUAGGACCGAAACAGAAGCUUAUACACAGACAAUGGUGUGUGAAACUGUGUGAUCAUCCCUGUAGAAGUAUUAUUUAAGUGUUCCUGUGGUUUACAUAGAACACAACAGAUGCCACUGCUGAACAGAAGCUGUGCUGUAAUGAAAUGCAAUAAAAGUUAUCAUCCAAA